UAACAGCGAGGGAUUCUCUGGGAGUCUAGGAGGAGCCACGGCAAGGUCGAUGUGAGCAUCUUUUUCAGGACAACAGAAGGACCACGGGUGGUCAGGAGUUAGUUUUGUGGCCCCAAGCGAGCAACAGUAAACCGCCAAAUUUUGGAUUUACUACUGCGGAAGGAGAAAUAGGAAAGUGGCAGAAAGUUUCCAUUUUGUAGUCUCUUGUUCCGACCGAGCUAACAAGCUAUCUUCCACUACUCCCGCUCUCCUCGCCAGUGUCCUGCGCCUUUUCUGUCCAGUCAGAGCAGCGAGUUCAUCUUUUCUGUAAAUAGGAAGAUCGGACUUUCACGCGCUAUCUAUUUAGUUGUGCGGCCCAAGGUAUUUUGUCCACAGUUUCCACGUUCAUCGGUCUUUUUUUUUUUUUUCCAUGUCAGCACCACCCUCCGCGCUUUCCGCUCCGGCGCAGAACUCCGCGGCGGAAAAUGAUUUUCUAGCCCCAGAUGCGGGCCAGAGGCCGCCCGGUCCAACGCCCAGUCAGAGCCGGUUCCAGGUUGACCUUGUGGCUGAGGCUGCGGGCGCCGCCGAUGAUAAAACUUCGAGCUCCGACGCCACCGCCGCUGCUUCAGAGGCUCCGAGUACCGAUCCAGCUGUCGGCGGAGAGGAAGCCAAAGGCCGAUUUCGGGUGGUGAACUUUGCGGAUCCGACCGGAGCCGGCAGCAUGGCCUCUCCGGAGGCAGCGCCGACUGAGGGAAUGCAAAACGGAGACACGGUGAUGAGUGAGACCAGCUUGCAUUCAUCCACGGGGGGUCAACAUCACUAUCACUAUGACACCCACACCAACACUUACUACCUGAGAACUUUUGGUCACAAUACCAUCGAUGCAGUGCCCAACAUCGAUUUCUACCGGCAGACAGCAGCGCCGCUGGGCGAAAAACUCAUUAGACCCACCCUGUCGGAGCUGCAUGAUGAGCUGGACAAGGAACCCUUUGAGGAUGGCUUUGCCAAUGGUGAUGAACUUACACCGGCUGAGGAGGCUGCUGCUAAAGAAGCAGCUGAAUCAAAAGGAGUGGUCAAGUUUGGUUGGAUCAAGGGGGUGCUGGUGCGCUGCAUGUUGAACAUUUGGGGUGUGAUGCUCUUCAUCCGUAUGAGUUGGAUUGUCGGUCAGGCUGGAAUUGUUCUUACCUGUGUCAUCAUCGCCAUGGCCACUGUAGUGACAACCAUCACCGGCCUCUCCACCUCUGCCAUCGCCACCAAUGGAUUUGUAAGGGGAGGAGGAGCAUAUUACCUGAUUUCAAGGAGCCUGGGCCCAGAGUUUGGAGGUUCUAUUGGUCUCAUCUUUGCCUUUGCCAAUGCAGUCGCUGUAGCCAUGUAUGUGGUGGGCUUUGCUGAGACUGUGGUGGAAAUUCUAAUCUAUAACGAUGCCGUCAUGACAGAUCAACUCAAUGAUAUCCGAAUCAUUGGCACCAUCACAAUAAUCAUUCUCCUGGGCAUCUCUGUAGCAGGAAUGGAAUGGGAGGCCAAGGCCCAGAUCGUCUUGCUCGUUGUCCUAAUCUCAGCCAUCCUCAACUAUUUUAUCGGAAGCUUCAUUCCUAUAAAAUCAAAGGAACCUGCGGGCUUCUUUGGCUAUGAUGCUUCACUAAUGUGGGAGAACAUGGGUCCAGACUUCCGAGAAGAGACAUUCUUCUCCGUAUUUGCCAUCUUUUUCCCCGCAGCCACCGGUAUUCUGGCUGGAACCAACAUUUCAGGAGACCUUGCUGACCCACAGAUGGCCAUUCCAAAGGGGACCCUUCUAGCCAUAUUGAUCACAGGAAUAGUCUACCUGGGUGUUGCUGUUUCAGCAGGCUCGUGUAUUUUGAGAGAUGCCAGUGGAAAUAUGAAUGACACAAUCAGCUCUCAGUUCAUGGAAAACUGUUCCACUGCUGCCUGCAAAUUUGGCUAUGACUUCUCUACCUGCAAAAGUCAGAAUGCCUGCAGCUAUGGACUGCAUAAUGAUUUUCAGGUUAUGAGCCUGGUUUCUGGUUUUGGGCCCGUCAUCACUGCUGGCAUCUUCUCUGCCACACUUUCCUCAGCGCUGGCCUCUUUAGUCAGUGCCCCUAAAGUUUUUCAGGCUUUAUGUAAGGACAACAUCUAUCCCGGUCUGCAAAUGUUUGCCAAAGGCUACGGAAAGAACAAUGAACCCCUACGAGGCUACAUCCUGACCUUUGGUAUCGCUCUAGGCUUUAUCCUCAUUGCCAAGCUGAACACUAUUGCACCCAUUAUCUCCAACUUUUUCUUGGCAUCCUAUGCCUUGAUCAACUUCUCUGUGUUCCAUGCCUCACUGGCUAACUCACCAGGCUGGAGACCUAGCUUCAAAUACUACAGCAUGUGGGUUUCCCUUGCUGGAGCCAUUCUGUGCUGUGGAGUGAUGUUUGUCAUCAACUGGGCAGCUGCCCUCCUUACCAAUAUCAUUGUUAUGGCUCUGUAUAUUUAUGUCAGCCACAAGAAGCCAGAUGUGAACUGGGGUUCAUCAACCCAGGCUUUGACCUACCACCAGGCCCUGACCCACACUCUGCACCUUAGUGGAGUGGAGGACCACAUCAAGAACUUCAGACCCCAGUGUUUGGUAAUGACGGGUUACCCCAACUCUCGUCCUGCCCUUCUGGAUCUGGUGCACAGUUUCACCAAGAACGUAGGCCUGAUGAUCUGUGGUCAUAUUCGCAUGGGCUACCGAAGACCAAACUUCAAAGAGCUUGCCACAGAUCAGACACGGUACCAGCGGUGGUUGCUGAAGAACGAGACCAAAGCCUUCUACAUGCCAGUGUUAGCUGAAGAUCUGAGACAAGGCUGUCAGUACUUGCUCCAGGCUGCUGGCCUGGGCCGCCUCAAGCCAAACACCCUGGUUCUGGGCUUCAAGAAUGACUGGAGGGAUGGGGACAUGAUGAAUGUUGAGACUUACAUCAGCAUGAUCCAUGAUGCCUUCGACUUCCAGUUUGGUGCCGUUAUUUUGCGACUGAAAGAGGGGCUGGAUGUCUCCCAUAUACAGGGACAAGAUGAGUUGCUAUCCUCACAGGAGAAGUCAUCAGGGAUGAAAGAUGUGAUUGUGUCCAUAGACACCAGCAAAGAUUCUGAUGCAGAUUCCUCUAAGCCAUCCUCCAAGGCCACCAGCCUCCAGAACAGCCCAGCAAUCCAGAAAGACAAGAAGAGCCCAACAGUACCUCUGAAUGUGUCUGACCAGAGGCUUCUAGAGGCCAGCCAGCAGUUCCAGAGGAAACAGGGGAAGGGCACAGUGGAUGUCUGGUGGCUGUUUGAUGACGGAGGUCUGACCCUCUUGAUCCCCUACCUGCUCACCAAUAAGAUGCGGUGGAAGGAGUGUAAGAUUCGUGUUUUCAUUGGAGGCAAGAUCAACAGGAUUGAUCAUGAUCGCAGAGCGAUGGCUACUCUGCUGAGCAAGUUUAGAAUAGACUUCUCGGACAUCACUGUCCUUGGGGACAUCAACACCAAGCCUAAGAAGGAGCACAUGGCAGCCUUUGAGGAGAUGAUUGAGCCAUAUCGGCUGAAAGAAGAUGACAUGGAGCAGGAGGCAGCUGAGCGGCUGAAGAACAGUGAACCAUGGAGGAUCACUGACAAUGAACUGGAGCUGUACCGUGCCAAGACCUAUCGUCAGCUCAGACUCAAUGAGCUUUUGAAGGAGCACUCAAGCACAGCCAACCUCAUUGUCAUGAGCUUGCCAUUAGCAAGGAAAGGUGCUGUGUCCAGUGCUCUCUACAUGGCCUGGCUGGAGGCAUUGUCCAAGGACCUGCCUCCCAUCCUUCUGGUGCGUGGCAACCACCAGAGCGUCCUCACCUUCUACUCUUAAAUGAAGAGCACCUGGGGGGAAUUCAAAUUAUCACUUCCCCUUCUGCCUUCUACUCUUAAACGAAGAACACCAAGGGGUGGGGGUUGGGGAGACAAUGAUUUAAAUUCUCACUUCUACUUCUGCCUGUGGAAGCAGGCACACAUUAACAUCCAAAUUACAGUUAAAACCUAAAGGUCCACCACAUAUAUUCCUGAGAUGAUAAAAUUCAAGCCAGUAAUGGAAACAAUGCUAGUAAUAUGAAUCUGAUGAAAGUGCUAUUGUUUGUUUGUGUAAAAGUGCUACAUGUGAUCUGGUGGUGGAAUUUUACAGUUGGGGUGGAUGCUUGGUUGUAAAGUUGCCCACUCUGCUCAUUUCUUUCUUAUUAUUCCAAGAUGUCUGGGUUUUGUAGCUCUGGUUUCUUCUAAUGUUCUCAUUAAAAAGUAUUGUCUUUGUUCAAGUUGAUUUCUCUCAGGCUUUAAAGCAGGCAUGCAUAAUGAUGGUCAUGAUAUGGAAUAUCUUGAUGUCAUACUUGUUAAGUUUAUCAGACCAGUUGUUUUCUACAGCAAUAAUCACCCUGUUGUUUUCUUUAUAAGUUGGGAAAAUGCUUUGCAACACCUUUUAAAGCCUUAUGGAUGUGCCUUCCAGUUGAAACAGAAGAAUCAGAAUUAGAAUCUCUUUUCAGAUUGACAAUUUUAACUCAUGAGUUUUGAGUUUCCUUCUUAAUUGUGCAGGUGGAUUUAAAGUCAGAUUUUAUUAAGGGUAUCUACUUGAGCACUCUUACUGUUUUCACCCUAAUCAGCAUGUUUCUUUGGGGCCAUAGGUUUUUUUUUUUUGCCCUCCUCCACUCUUGAGUCUUCCUUUGUAAAGUUGUUGAAUACUCAACGCAAGACCCGAUUCAUCUUUUAUGGAAGGAAGUGCAUGUGGUCAUAGACUUAAAUCUUUAUUUGUCAGAAAAGAUGUGAGGCUAGGUUUUUCAUUAGCCCUUUCAGGUGGAAAACAUCUCUCCCAAGUAGCUGCUGAUUAUCAGCUUUUUGUGGUUCUGUAGCCACAAGUACUGUCCUUCUCCUGUAAAGAAACUCCUCUACCCAGCAAGAAGCUAGUUUAAACCUUGCCUUAAUGCUAGAACAAAUGAUUGUCAUAAGUUCCUGUUCUCUCUUAAGCCAUAUCGGCUGGAGAAAUUGUGUGUAAAUGCAGAUAGCGAUCAGUUGUUAAAGUCUCAGCACAUCUUCUGCAUAUGCAUCUUAACCUGCAUUAGCUGUUUUGCAGAGCUUGCUGUAAGUGGGCAGUCCGCAGAUGGUAACAUAUUUUGCCAGUGUUGCCAGCAUCAUCCAAGCCUAAAGCCUAAAGCCUACAGCUUGGCUUGGAUGUUGCCGGCCUGUCUCACAUUUGCACAAGGCCAGGCUGGGCAGAGUGAAUGAAGAACUUACAAGCUUCACACUGAAGACUUUCUUGCCCGAAGUACAGGCUCAGUUUAGACAUGCAUAUGCACUUCUGUUGCAUAAGUACUUGUAAUUAAAAUACACUGCUCCUUCAUGUAGGAUUUAAUUCCUCUAGAACUGUCUUUAGUGUGAUUAUUCCUGUUGCUUUUUAGGGGUACAGUAAUGCAACAAAAAGCCAUACAUAGACAAUUUCCUGUCUGGUACUGAAGAGGUCACUUGUAUUCUCUGUUCUACUGUGGCUAUAGAGAAUAUCGACAUAUUUGUACUGCAUUAAAACUAGCUUCUGCUGUUACAAAGCAAUAGUACAAUAGUUAGGAGAGUGGUAAAGUGUCUUUGGUAUGAAUGCAGUCUGCUGGAUGCAGAUAUAAUCUCAAAUCAUGAGGAAAAAAACCCAGAAAAAAAUAACCUAUCCCCAAAUCAGCUUUUAGGGAAAAUGAACAAUAAAGUAAAAGUAACUGUUUAGUUUUCUUAAAGAGUUGCACUCCAGCUUGUAGCAGAUAUUAUUAAUGAAACAGUUCAGCAUGAGGGGAAGAGUUCAGGUUGGCUUAAGUGGCACUAACAUGGAUCUUUGUGAGUGCAUUGCCCUAAAAAUAUUAUUUCCAUCUGAAUAACAUAUAACGUGAGCAGCUAUGUUAUCAGAAGGAUAAUAUUUUGAAGCCUGUGCAUUGUCAUAAAAUACCUGCACACUUUAUUUUGGAUGGUCUUCUGAUUUUAAUUUAAACAAUAUGGGCUUGAACUGUGGCUGCUGUGGAUUACAGUUAUGGAUACUACCAUAACACAAAUGAAAUAAAACAGGGUAGUUUUUAUUUUUAACACACUUGUCUGAUUUUUCCCAGCAAUGAGCAGUUUUAGCAUUUACGUUCUUACUUCAAUAUAUUCUGUUCUUUACUAUAUGCAAUUUACAAGAAGAAUGUGUGACACCGUGCUUAGAUUAGUUGAAUGUACACUUCUUAAGCAUACUUAAAUUCCUUUUGAUCCUUUCUUGUGUAUACAAAGGUUUCCUGCACAGACUGUAGUUAGCACAGUAAGCACAGCCUGGCAGCUUCAAUGUUCUGUUAGCAUUCAUGCAGCACCAUUACAAAUGGAUUUUAGCAUACAUCAGUGUGUGUGUUGUUGCGAGGGUUGUCUAUGAUAAUUCAGUACAAACAUUAAAUACAUCUAUACUCUUGCUCACCAGAGUGCUAAAUGUAUCCUGAAUAUAUUUCAAUUAUGUAAAAGUGUGUACUAGGAAAACACUGUAGGCAGUCCCACAUUGUGUAACAGCUCACAACAGCAGCCCUCAAAUACCAAAAUACCACAGUUGAUGUAUAUAGAGGUCUUCAUUCUUAUCAAAAUUAAAGACUAAAAUUUGAUAUUAGUCAUGUUGACAAUCAACCUGGAGGCUUCCUGUAGCUGAGUGGAUCCCUGUGCAUUGAAAUCCAAAAAUGAGAGCUGUGAAAAUGAGAACACAAAUUGUACUCGAGUCAAACUAUAUAGUGCAAUUCGAGAUUUCUUAGAGCAAAUGUGAAUUGUUUUCUUGAGUACUAACUGCUAAAGAAUAUAAUUAAACAAACUGCAGUUUUCUCGCAUUUGCUGUGGACAAUAUAAAGCUGAGAUCAUCAGUGUGGGCUGAGUGUGGGAUUUGAUAUUUGGGGGCAAUGUUGUGUACUAUAACAAAAGUCAAAGAGUUUAUCUUUGAUCUCUGUUCAUUGUUCUAUUGUGAGGCACUCUCUUAUUGUACAGCAACAACAUUGCAAACAAGAACACGGGUUACAUUAUAUUUGUAUAUUAAAUUUUAUAUAUAUAUAUAUACACACACACACACACACACACACACACACACACACACACACACGUACGUAUCAGUCCAGCUUGGAGGGGAUCUUUGUCAUGUUAUGUUAAUUGAAGAAAAAAUACCUCCUGUCAACAGUAGUAUUUGUGUUUUCAUUUGUUCUCCUUAUCACUUUAUGUAUUCUUUACCAAAGCCCCCUUUCCUCUUCAUAACAGCCAUGUGUUGAGCCAUGAUUUUUAAAAUUCUAAUUUUUUUUUUUUUUUUUUUUUUGAUGAUAAACUGGUCCUAAAAUUUAUUGGUUGUUGUCCAAACUAACCUGUAAAUAAACUUCAUAGUCUAAUGGCAUAAAUUAAGAGAGUGGAGUAAUUAUGUUGGAAAGGUAUUUAUUUUAGUUCAGAAUUUGCUAAGCCUUUUUUCUGAUAUUUUGAUUCUAAUUUGAUUUGCAUGUUUUUUUUUCCUUUUGGUUUUAGCAAAUUGUCUUUUUUCCUUAUGAGUCUGCAUUUCUAUUCUUUCAAAGAAGAAAAAGACAUGAGAAGCACUUCAAACCAGUUUUCUCCUUUCACACAAACAUGGAUGGAAUUGACCCAGCUGGUUGAAGCAGUAAUGUUUUGAUACUGUACUGUUAACAGUUAAGGAUAUGCUUUUUCUAACAUUUUAACAUUUAUGGUUACCAGUACUUUGUACAUCUUUAUUGCAAUAAAUAAUUCAGAUGAAAUCAUUUAA